CGUGGAAACUCCAUCGCGCACUUGCAGAAACAGAUUGCGCGGGUCCCUUUUCUGGGGUGCGACUCCGUUAAGUGCCUGAGGAACCCACUGGCUUUCGAGUGGUUUGGGUCCUCGUUCGGCUUCUCUCGCUCCCUUUUGCUUCCGAACCUGUCUGUCCUUGACGCUUCCCCACGCACUCUCUUCCUCCUCACUCCUCUUCGACGGUCUGCUGUGCAGUUCUUGAACGAGUCUGCAUGUCUGUGACAUACCGCUCUUUUAAUAAUUACCAGCUGGACUGUUGACCUACUAAUACUUCCUCCUUCCCGCAUCUCGUUUCGUUCUAGCUUGUACUACUGGGAAGACAUGAGGAGGAUAAAAUCAUCCUGGGGCUUCGCCCUACUGCUCACCACAACAGUCAUCGCCGACCCUGGAAUAAACCUGAAUGAAAACAACAUUGGCCCCGGCGUGCAAGGAAGGAAGGUUGAGAACCUAGAAUAUGGUGUUCUCGACGCUGUCGGCAAAGCUCAACGCCAGAAAAGAGGAGGCCUAUCAGGGGACCUGGGUAACAUCGGCGACCUCUCCGCGAAAGCUGGACAAGGCCAAGGACUCGACGCGAACGCAUUGCUCAAUGGCGCUGGUCAAGGCCAAGGACAAGGCGCAGCUGGUCUUGAUGUGGGAUCGUUGAUCAGUGGUCAAGCCGCCGGACAAGGCAUCGAUGCCGGCUCAAUUAUCAACGGCCUGGGCAAUGGUCAGCAAGGAGGAGGCAACGCCAACUCUUUGGCAGGGUCAGGUCAAGGUGUAGGAGACGUCGGUGCCGAACUUGCGAACCAGCUCCAGGGCGACCAGAACAGCGACAUCAACCAGAUUCUCGGCGGCCUGGGCGGGAACGGUAAUGGGCACGGGCAGGGCCAGGGCAACAACGGCGUAAAUAUCAUCGAGGUCAAGGAGACCAUCGUCCAGCAGAUCAACGGCGCGGGAGCUAUCAAAGAAACAAUCGUGCAAGGAGAAAUGACAACGACUGCUCAGAACGAGGCGCAAAAGACGACUGAGGCUGCAAUGACCACGGCUCCUCCAGCUGCCGAGGGCAUGAAUGCUACGUCUAUUGCCGCGGAAUCAUCAUCCGUGUCCUUUGUACUCGCCGGCGAAACAUCAGCCGCAGCAGCUGCGAAUGGUAGCGCUAGCGCUGUGACCGUCAUUGCGGGCGGAGAGGCAUCGAUGGGCCAAGAAGCAGCCGCAUCGUCGAGCUCUUCCUCUGUCACGAUCAACUCCGCGACUUUGACUCCGGACGGCCUUGUAGCUGGAACCACCACGAGCGCUGCGGGAAGCGGCGUCACUGUGAUUGCGGGAAGCGGAGGAAAUGCGACUGCAGCUGCUGAGGGUUCAUCUGGAUCAUCAACAGCAUCCGUCAAUUCCGCUACCCUCACGGCAGAUGCUCUUGUUGGAGGAACCACGACCACAAUGGCAGGGGGCCAGGUCACCGUCAUCGCAGGGGAAGGGAGUGGUAAUAGCGCAGCCGCAGCCGCAGAAUCCACAGGCUCGUCCGCCGCGUCUAUCAAUUCGGCGACCCUUAGCGCAGACGGACUCGUUGCAGGAAGUACGACCACGGCCGUCACAGAGCAAGUGACUGUGAUUGCCGGGGGAGGAAGCAACAAUACCGCUGCAGCAGCCGCCGCAUCUACGAGCUCUUCUAUGGCAUCGAUCAACUCGGCCACUCUCACCGCGGACGCGCUCGUCGGAGGGACCACAACCUCAGCCGCUGGGGCCCAAGUAACCGUCAUCGCGGGCAGCGGAAGCUCAAACGGCACGUCGGGAGGCGAAGCCGCGGCGGCGGCUGCCGAAGCAAACGGGGGUUGUAACUGUGCAUGCUCGUGUCCCGCUGGCUCGUUCCCUAUGCAGCCCCCGGCAGCUCAGCCCUUCCAACUCCAGACCGGUCCAAUGGAGGGUAUGUCCUCCGCGCAGACGACGAUGCAGACGCAGGCUUCCGCGGCGGGUUCUCAGGUUACGGUAAUUGCUGGCGGAAGCGCUGCAGCGCCUCCCCCUGAGGCAGCAGCUACGUCGUCCACGGCUCCCUCUAUCGAUUCCGCGACGCUCACGACGGCUGGGCUCGUUGGCGCCUCGACAACCUCUGCCGCUGGAGGCGGCGUUACGGUUGUUGCGAGCUCGACGUCUGGUGCCAGCUCUGCGCCCGGCUUUGCGCUCAGCUCUGAGGCUAGCUCUGAGGCCAGCUCUGCGGACAGCUCUGCGGCAGAUGCGCAGUCCCAGGUUGCUUCUCCUACGCCCAUUGAGUCAGCCGCAACCACUUCGUCGGCGACACUGCAGAACAACAGGCUGCCCUUUGACAUCUCGACCGUUUCGCUGCAGAGCAAGGUCACGGUCAACCUUGGGCGAAGAAUGGCAAGGCCGACGGAAAGAAGGCGGUGGUGGUGAAGGAUUCCUUUUCAGAAUGAUGUUGUCUUCCAUAGAUGAGUUAUCUAGUUCACCACUAAUACCCCUAUUUCUUACCUUCGCUUCCUUUUUAUCAAACCGCCGAUGUUACGGCAUGUUCUGGACCUGUAGGUUAGU